AGGCCCCAGCCUGCCCGGGAGCGAACCGAGCCGGCCCAGCAGCAGUUCAGCUAGCAAACUUUUUCCAGGACGGUCCACACUUCACCUGGGAAUUCCAGGCAGGAACAGCCUGGAGCGCGUGGCGAGGAGUCUGCGGCUGACUUGGGGACAAGAGUUUGCGAGGUGUGGGGGUGGAAAUAAGGAUUCCCAAGGACCAGCAAGGGGAGUUUGGGAGUGAGCGCUGCCUCUAAGUCUCCGUUUCUCUGCGCGAACAGAGGUGCGCUUCUGGACAACCCUCAGCUCUAGGGGGACAGCCACAAGGCCACCGGCCCAUAAGACUGUAGGAGUCAGCCCGUGUCCUGGGCUCAGGAGCACGCUGUGGUCAUGGUGAAUGAAAGUCUCAACCAGGAGAAGAGCGAUGACAACCCUGCACCCGAGUCCGCCUUCCCGACCGACACCAGCUACUCCACCCAUCCCAGCGACUCCUUCCAUCCCAGCGUCUCAGGCCACCCCAGCGUCUCCAUCCAUCCCAGCGUCUCCAUCGACCCCAGCGUCUCUGUCCAUCCCAGCAGUUCAGCGCCCCCUAGUACCUUUGCUCAACCCAGCGCCUUGACGCAUCCCAGUAGCUCAGGUCCGCAAAGCAGUGUGAUCAAGGUGAGCAAGCGCCGUUGGGCCGUGGUCCUGGUGUUUAGUUGCUAUUCCCUGUGCAACGCCUUCCAGUGGAUCCAGUAUGGCUCCAUCAAUAACAUCUUCAUGACCUUCUACGGCGUCAGCGCCUUUGCCAUCGACUGGCUGUCCAUGUGCUACAUGCUGGUGUACAUCCCUCUGCUCCUGCCCGUGGCCUGGAUGCUGGAGAAAUUUGGUCUUCGAACCAUCGCGAUCACUGGUUCAGCUCUCAACUGUCUGGGCGCUUGGGUGAAGCUAGGCAGCCUGGAGCCUCACCUCUUCCCGGUCACAGUGGUGGGUCAGGUCAUUUGCUCUGUGGCACAGGUCUUCAUCCUGGGCAUGCCCUCACGCAUUGCUUCGGUCUGGUUCGGGGCUGAUGAAGUCUCAACAGCUUGCUCCGUGGCCGUGUUUGGCAAUCAGCUUGGAAUUGCAAUUGGGUUUUUGGUCCCUCCUGUUCUGGUACCCAACAUCAAAGACCAGGAAAAGCUUGCCUACCACAUCAGCAUCAUGUUCUACAUAGUAGGAGGUGUGGCCACUGUCCUCUUCAUCCUUGUCAUCAUCGUAUUCAAGGAGAAGCCCAAGUAUCCUCCCAGCAGGGCCCAGUCCUUGAGCUAUGCCAUGGCGUCCACUGAUGCUUCGUACUUAAGUUCCAUCGUGCGACUCUUCAAAAACCUCAACUUCGUGCUGCUGGUCAUCACCUACGGUCUGAAUGCUGGUGCUUUUUAUGCCUUAUCCACUCUGCUGAAUCGCAUGGUGAUAUUGCACUUCCCGGGUGAAGAAGUGAACGCUGGACGAAUUGGCCUGACUAUUGUCAUCGCAGGGAUGUUUGGAGCUAUGAUCUCAGGCAUCUGGCUGGAUAAGUCCAAAACCUACAAGCAGACAACCCUGGUAGUGUAUAUCAUGACCCUGGUGGGCAUGGUGGUGUACACGUUCACCUUAAACCUCAAUCGUUUAUGGGUGGUAUUCAUCACUGCUGGCACCCUGGGCUUCUUCAUGACUGGCUAUCUACCCCUGGGGUUUGAGUUUGCUGUGGAGCUCACGUACCCAGAAUCCGAAGGCAUGUCGUCUGGCCUCCUCAACGUGUCAGCACAGGUGUUUGGGAUCAUCUUCACCAUCUCCCAAGGCCAGAUCAUUGACAACUACGGAACCAAGCCUGGGAACAUCUUCCUGUGUGUGUUCCUUGCCCUCGGAUCAGCUCUCACGGCUUUCAUUAAGGCGGAUCUUCGGAGACAGAGGGCAAACAAGGAUGUUCCUGAGACUAAAGUCCAGGAGGAGGAAGAGAGCAAUAUCAGCAAGGCCCCCACGGUCGUGUCCGAGGCUCGUCUCUGAGAGAGACAGAGACAGAGAGAGAGAGGUGGCAGAGACUCAGGAACAGAGACACUGUUAGCACCUCGAUCUUCAUGGAGAAGCUUCUAGAGGGAGCAGCUGGAAGAUCUGUGGCUUGCAAGGCCGUGCCUAUGCCCACUGGGCCCUACCUGAGAACCCGGAUGGUUUACUUGGGGCCAGCCUCACCUCUCUCCAGAUGUAGACUGGAUUCUAGUCCCCUCUCCCUGUUAAUGUCUUGGGGCUAGUGUUGGGGGAGGCUGGUGAAGGGUGUCGGAGUUCAUCCUUGCUUGGUCCCUUGCCUUCUUAUCCUUUCUCUCGUGGAGAAUGCUUGCAGAAUUAUCCUAAGAAAGCUUAUUCAGGAUAUUAACUUUUUCUAAUGUCUUAAGACUUAUCCGCAUGAAGCCCAGUUCUCACCGAGAACAGGCAAGGUGCUCUGCCUGAGGGUCACGGUGAGGAAGCACCAGGGUCCAGCCUCCAUCAGAGCCCAUCACUCCACAGAGGCAGCUCUGUCAGGACUCUUGGCCUUGGCCAAACACUGCAGUCUCUCUUCCUACCUUCUUUCCUGAGAGCCCAGACGAAACACCAAUAAAUCAGACAAAACCUCUCUUGUAGCCGGAAGGAGAAACUGACUGGAGAGGGCUCCCUGCGUAGCACGGAUUCUAAUUGGUCUUAAUAAUAAAAACCCGGAGCCAGAUAUCAGGGUAGAUGCUGAAAGAUCAGUAAAGGAGCCAGCCACUAGAGUCUUCUUACCGAUACCCAAUCCUCAGGUCGAAGGGGUGAGAUUCUGUCUCCACUAAUUCUCAGACUGAAUGGUCUGAGACCCUGUCUCCACCUGCCUUAUUUUCCUGUCUCCACCUCCCUAGUGCUGGGAUUAAAGGUGUGAGCCACCACCACCACCGCCGCCUGGCUCUGGUUCUCGUUUGGACAGAUUCAGUCUCAUGUAGUCCAGGGUGGCCUUGAACUCCCGAGCUUCCUGCUUCCUCUUCUCAAGUGCUGGGAUUCAGGGUGUGUGCCACCACUGCCUGUCCUCUGCUGUGGUUCACUAGUGGCUGGCUCUGCCCUCUGAUCUUCAGGCAAGCUUUAUUUGUUAGAGCACAAGCAAAAUAUCACCCCAUCCCUGCCUAAGUGCAACAGUGCUGGGAGCCACCUUGAGUGUGUGUGUGUGUGUGUGUGUGUGUGUGUGUGUGUGUGUGUGUGUGUGUAGCUCUGAGUUGGUAGCUUGGGUUGGAACGGGAAGAUGCUUUCCUAUGAGAGGUGCUUGUCCAGGGACUCCAGUGUCCCAGGCCACUCAGAAUGUUGUCACUGGGUCUUGCACUGGGAAAUGUGGCCAUCAGGCCAGCGGCAGCUCGUGGCUCUAACCUCUAUUGAAAGUUGGUCACAUUUACUGUGCUCAGACACCCGAGGCUAUCUCUGAGGAACGGGGCAGAAGGUGACUCUUAAAAUAGACAUUCUGUCUGUUUCAGGUAAACAUAAUCCCGUGGAUGCCGGGGACAGGAUUUGUACAACCAAACACUCUUCCUGCCUCUGCUAGCAAAAGCUGCCAGAUAUUUGAAGUUGAAAAGGACUCCUAAACCAAUCCCAGUUGACCUCCUUCCUCACCCAGUCUGCUGGUUAUACUCAUGGCUCUUGUAAGGUCUCCUCCAUGAGAAACUGGCAACUAAUUUCUCCUGUGCCUCGAGCGACUCUGGUCAAGAACAUUCAGUCGUCUGGCCUUGGCCAUGGCCUUAGCGUCCCAGAAUAGCGGGGUUGCCUGCAGGGUUGGGGUGCCAGGCCACUUGUGUGUACACACACGCGUGUUUGUAUGUUGUGUGUAGACUUGAGCAGCAGACGGGAGGAAAGCUGGGGUUGAGGCAGUGUUAGGGAUGGCAGGGAGAGGUGCCUUACUUUCUGUCAAGAGAAAGGUGUUCUUUCUUCAACUGUUCAAAAUGGACAUGUUUACGCAAUCCAUUUAUUUAAAAAAAAACCAGAGUUUGUAUUUCCUGUUUAUAAUACCAGAUAUUUUAAGGCAAUAAAGAUUUUCAAAGUGG